AUGCCGCCCGGUGGGUUGCGCCUUGCGCCGCCCGUGCCUGCGCUUGCGACUGCUGCUGUUGGAAACUCCGCGUUGCCGUUGCAGCCGCUUCUGCCACUGCUGGUUCAAAUGCUGCGGCAUUUGAGAAUUCUAAGAUAUUGCCUGGCACGGCUACUCACCCACACGUGCGCGGCACGGCUGCAGUGCCUGGCACGGCUGCAGUGCCUGGCACCGCUCCUUCCCAGACAACGCGGCAACGGUUAUGUGAACACGAGUGCGCGCAUGCGGCUGCCACGGGCCAGCACUGCGCCCCCUGCGAAUGCGGCUCCUCUGGACAGCGCAGCAGCAGCAGUGGCUGCAGCGGCGGAAGUGGGAACGAACACUUUCUUCUUGACAGCAGCGCGGUGCUGUGAGCAGUGGCGCAUUGGCGCAGCCACAGCAGCACCAGCCGGAGCAGGCCGGUCGCUGUUUUGGGCGAGUGAGGCGGUAGUGACCGGCACGGGCAUGAACCGAAGCCGCAGCAGCCACGUGCUGCUCACCACCCCUGCCGCCACCACUUCUGCUACCGCCAUUCCUGACCCUGCCGCUCCUCCUUUCCACUCUCCUCCUCUUCCUGCUUCUGCGGCGGCCACUGCUGGUGGCAGCAUUGGUGGAGUGCAGAAGAGUGGCGAGGCACGCCCUGGCUCACCAGAGUGGGAUCUUCCAUCCUUCCAGCGGGAGAACCAGGCCCUGGCUCAGGCACUGCUGCACGAUGCUGACCUCGGCUUCUCACCUCCUUCCCAAACUGCUGCUGCUGCUGCUGCUGCUGCUGCUGCUGCUGCUGCUGCUGCUGCUGGUAGUGCUGGUGCUGUUGGUGGUGGUGCUGCUGCUGUGGGCUCAUAUGACGUCAGCAGAAGCAUGAGCGGAGGAGGGGCGACAGGCGCCGGGAUGAGCAGCUGCAGCCUGGGCGGCGAGACAAGCUUGGGUGGCACCAGCAUUUGCGGCACGAGCCUGGGCGCGGGCACGAGCAUGGGCGGCGGGACAAGCAUGGGCGGCGGGACAAGCACGGGCGGCGGGGCGGCGACGGGCGGCGACAGCAGCGACCCGGAGGAGCAAGGGUUGGCGAAGGGCACGUGGUUACCGGAGGAGGACGGCGUGCUGAUGGAGUAUGUGCGCUGCCACGGCCCGUUGCAACUGGGGCGCACUCAGAGCCAGAGGGCUGCUCAGACGCUCGGGCAAGAGCUGCCGAUUGCGAUGGGUCAACCAGCUGAAGCCCGGCCGUGCAGCGCUACGGUGGCAAGGGGUGCAAGAGGUUCAGCGAGGCGUGGGUGUUGGCGCUGCAGCGCGCCGUGGGCAACAAGUGGGCGCACAUCGCCCGCCACCUGCCCCAUUCUUCCUCCUCACUGCCUCACCUGCCUCCCCUGCCUCCCUGGUUUCACCACUGCCCAUUUGAACGCAUGUCUCCUCUCCCCCUAUUCUCUCCCCUUCUCCCGCUUUGAGUCGACUCAAAAAGUAUGGAGGCAAGGGGUGCAAGCGGUUCAGCGAGGCGGAAGCAAGUGUGGUGAUGGGCGCUGCAGCGCGCCGUGGGCCAACAAGUUGGGCGCACAUCGCCCGCCACCUGCCCGGCCGCACGGACAACGAUGUAAGAACUUCUGGAACCUGCACCUCAAGCGCCAGGCCCGCCUGCGCGCUCGGGGGGGAGGGGCGCGCCUUGGCGAGGAUGGGGAUAGGGGGAUGGGGGUGAAGCGAGAUGGUGGUAACCAAGACAGUGGUAACCACAUUGGUAACCAGAGUGAAGAAGACCAUAAGGCGAGCGAGGGUGGGACUCCUGGGGCCCAUGAGACGUUUGCAUGGACCAAUCACAUGGCAAGCCACUCCUCCCGGCGCCCGCCCUUCUUCCUCCUCCGGGCGGCCUCUGUCGGCCGGCAGCCGCCCGUCUUCCUCAUCCGGGCGGCAGUCAAAGCUAUCGCUGCACCAGAGGCGUCUGCAGCGGAACUCCUCUGGUGGAGGGUGGCAGCGGCCUUGGCGCAACUGGCGCUGGUGGUGGGGGGGGAUGUGCACACGCUGUGCUGGUUGCCGCAAUGCCGCCGGUGCGCCUCUCAAGAUAGGUGCCCUCUCAAGAUAGGCGAGCCCAACGCGCAGCUGAAUACGCUGAUCAACCUAGAGGAUUGGAUCCACUCCCCUUCACCCGCUGCUGCUGGUCUGCACCCCCUCGGCCGUACGGCUGCUCGCCCUUCUACAUCAACAAUCCUCUCCCCCUCCGCCCGCCGCCUCCGCUCCCCCGCUCCCCCUCCCCCCGCUCCCCUCUACCUCCGCUCCCCUCUCCCACCCGCGCCCUCGCCUCCCCCUCGCCCCUCCCCUCCCCCCGUCACCGCGCCUCCCCAGCCCACCGGGUCUUCCCCACCCUCCCCCGCACCCCUCGUCCCGCCACUCCCCCCUCUCGUCCUCCCCAUCCCGUCACAAACAACCACUCGGGAGGAAAUUCUGCCAAGUCAGCAGCUUCAGCCCAUUCAGAUGGAAUCUAGCUGGCAUAAUCCCGAGCUCGUUCACGAACCCGCAGGAAACCCUGUUGCCGAGCCUCUUGUGGAGCCUCUUGCCGAGCCUACUGCCGAGCCUAUGGCUGGAGGCAUGACCAGCGGCAGAGGGAGACCACGAGUGGCACGAAACACGGCAGCACGGGAGGAGGCACAGCACCAGCACCCGUUCCCAAGCACCGUCGCCACCACACCACAGCAACAACCACCACCUCUUACUCACGGCACUGCCCCAGACACCACCACCAACCCAUGCCUGAGUGCCUCAGAGCACAGCAGCCCCAGUGCGAGCCUCAAGGCGAAUGCAGGCGUGCAUGGGAUCCGCGUGUGGCAUUUGGGUGCGCCUGCUGCCGCCCUCGUGCCGCCCGUUAUUGAAUGUCUCGCCAUUCCCCACAUUCUCUUUCCCAAACCCUCGUCUCCCCAUCCCCCAACCCCCCGCUUCCGCGGAUCCUGCGCGCGCGCGCGGCAGGUUGGACAAGACGCGCAUGUUCGUGGUGGCGCGGGGCUCUUCAGCGGACUGACCGUUGCGCUCUACCCGCUCUCCGUCAUCAAAACGCGCCUCCAGGUCUCUCCGCUCCCGCUCUCCGCCGCCCAUGCCGCCCCCGCUUCCGCUCCCCCUUCCUCUUCCGCUUCCGCUUCUGCUUCCCCCGGAGCGGGCGCGCCUGCUGCUCCCGCAAGGCCUGCGGCGCAAGCAGCGGCAAUGCAGGGCUGGCGGGAGCAAGCGGGGUGGCGGGUUCGGGGGGAACGGGAGCAUCCCGGGCGGUGGAGGGGGGCGGGAGCGGAAGCCCGCGUUAGUGGGAAUGGCGCGGCGACAGCAGCGGGCACUGCAAGAACAGGCGGAGACAAAAGGGCAACUACAGGUGGCAGCAGCUGUAACACCAGUCACACGGUCACACCAGGAACAACUGGAACAGCGGUGAGUGGAGCAACAGCUGCAGCAGGCGGAGCAACGGGGGGAGCAGCAGGCGGAGCAACGGGGGGAGCAACAGGGAGAGCAGCUUCAGCAGGAGGGGCAGCGCGGGCAGCGGCGGGGGGCAGGGGCCCGUCCUCCGUGAGCCUAGCGGUGGGCAUGGCGCGGCACAUAGCGCGCACGGAGGGGCGUGAGGGGGUUCUUCCGCGGCAUGGGGACUGUGGGUGGCGGUGGGGGAGGAGGGGGAGGGAGUGGGGGACAGGGGGGUUGGGAGUGAUGGUCUGGGAUGAGGGAGUGGGGGAUUGGGGAGGAGGGAGGGGAAAGGGAGGGCAGGAGGAGGAUUUCCAUGUUCUUCAUUCAUCCAACCUCCCGCCGUUUUCCCCUCCCGCCGUUUUCCCCUCCCACAAUCCUAUUCUCUUUCCCAUCUCUUCCGUCCCCCUGCCGCACUCUCCCUUCGUCCCAACCCGUCCCACCCUCGCACGUGCCGUUCUCCCUUAUCCCACCCGCUCCUCCCACUCGCCCAUCAUCAGAUCAGCUCUCGUCUCUUUGUACGACCAGUUGUGGGCACCAGCAGGCGGCGCAGCAGCAGCGCCCCCACUGGCGCUGGUGGUGGGCGUGCAGGUGGGGGGCGGCAUGUGUGCCGGGCUGGCGUCCGCCCUCGCCACCACCCCACUUGACACCGUCAAGACACGCAUUCAGGUGAAGGGUGGGUGUUGGUAUGUUGCAGCAGCUGGUGGAGCAGGGCGGGCUGAGAGAGCUGUUGGUGCUAAAGCUGCCGUGCAACCCACUCACCCAUACCCCCCUUCCUCCUCCCUGACUCCGCAUCAGCCGGUGGAUCAUCGUGAGCCAACUCAACAGUCUCCCCUCCCCUCCCCUCAACAGGCUUUUGAGGCACCUGAAAAGAGGGCGCCAGGUGCCAGUGCUGCUGUGCACCCCACUCACACCAUCCCACACACCAUCCCACUCGCACUCCCCUCCCUUCUCCCCCACACAUGGCAGGUGGGGCGCAGGAGCGGAGCAGCAGUGACAGUGGCCGCGGUGGUGAGGCAGCUAGUGGAGCAGGACGGGGUGAGAGGGCUGUACCGUGGCUUCGCCCCUCGCUGUGCCAGCACCAUGCUCUGGGGCACUGCCAUGGUCUCUACCUACGAGUACCUCAGUACCACCAUGCUCUGGGGCACUGCCAUGGUCUCUACCUACGAGUACCUCACACGUGUCCCCCUUCGCCACUCCCUCGACCCAAUUCUUUUGUCCCUCCUCCCCAAACCCUCCGCCCUGCACCCUACCCAUUCGUGA